UGCCUAUGGAGCUAGGCCCAAACCUGCAGGAGGGAGCCACCACUGCAGCACAAACUCAUCAUGGACUUCAUUGAAAUUCCUGAUUUAUUCUGAACACCAUACCUUGGUGCCAACAUCUGAGCCUUACAGAUAGUCCAGUGAAAAGAGAUGUGUCCUCGAGUAUGCUGAUCCCUGAAACACUGUGUGUAUGUACAUGUGUUCAGGAGGUGUGCUGGUCACUCAGGGGGAUACAGACAGACACAGCCCCUGUGUUCCUAAAGACAGUGGAUACUUCCAUCUCCCAGCCAAAAUGGGAAGAAAGAUCUGCUGUUGGUAAGGUGGGUGCAAGGGGGGAAUGAGAAUCAGUUUCACUCUUUGUCACUCCGAACUGGGGGCGGAGAAAAGAGAAAUCCAUUGUGGAAAGCUAUAAAAAGUAAAGGGGCCAGUGGGAGACGAGAGCAAAGUGAGAGACUGUCAGAGAACAGUGAGUGUGUAGAGAUCUGUGCUAAGGAGUUUGUCAGUGAGUUUGUCUAGAUGUCUGUCUGUUUCUGCCUGUGUGAUCCUUACUCCAGGUCUUCAGUCCCCAGGACUCGCCUUGUCUGCCGGAUGCCUGGAGCCCCUCACCCCAGCACCAGCUCGUCUGUAGGAGGAGAACGUGUCCUUUUCACAAACACUGGCUACAGAGACUGAGGCAAAAGAAAGAAAGAAGAAGGGAGGGGAAUAAAAAGGAGGGAGAGAGAGAAACAAAACUAAUCCCAGCCCUUGACAGUGCUGCUUGGAUUGGAUCUGGUUUGAGUUUUCUCCCUGCUGACUUGUGUAGCAAGAGAGGAGGAGUGGGGGGGAAAUAAGUAACUGACUCUUCGUCUGAAGUUUGAGCAAACCUGCAGGGUGACUCCACUGGUGGGAAGCUUUCCUGGGUGCAAUUGCCUCAGUUUAUUGCUCCCAGUCACUAAAAAAUUUCCUGAACUUCUCAAGAAUCUGGAGAAAAAAGCCGUCACUUCACUUGAUCUGAAUGUUGCUCAUUUCUUUUAGACUGUACUUUUUUUAGGGGAUUCUUUUUCCUGUCUCUCCCAGGACAGCAGUUUCCUGAGCGUGUGGCAUUGAAAUCUAUUGAGUUGUUUUGUUAACAAACUUUGGGAGAAUUUUUUUUUCUUUUUAUCCCUCUGCUGUUUUUUAAAUCCCUUUUUUGGUGGGGAGGGGGAGAUGAUGCUGCUGAUAUGGAAUAAGUGCUCCUGCUGUCUCCUCUUACUAGCUGUGAUCCUGAUGGUGGAGAGCUCCCAGCUAGACAGCUCCAGCUCCAAGGUGAACUCGAUCAAGUCCACCCUGAUGGGGGAGGCUCCAACGCAGGCAACCAACAGAUCUGCAGGCAUCCACCAGGGACUGGCACUUGGGAGCAGUAAGAAGGGCAAAAUCCAAGUGCAGAUGGGAAAACCUCCAAAGCACCAUCAUCGGCAAGGAGAGGCAUACCCUUGCACUAAUGAUAAAGAAUGUGAAGUUGGGAGAUACUGCCAUAGUCCUCAUCAAGCUACUUCUGCCUGCAUGAUCUGCAGAAGGAAAAAGAAGCGUUGCCACAGAGAUGGCAUGUGCUGCCCUGGGAACCGCUGUAACAAUGGUAUUUGCAUACCAGUAACUGAAAGCAUCCUUACUCCACACAUCCCUGCGCUGGAAGGACCACGCAACAAAAAAAACGGUCUUUAUUCUAGCAAGGACUUGGGAUGGCAGAAUCUAGGGAGACCACAGUCCAAGCUGUCACACAUAAAAGGGCAUGAAGGAGACCCCUGCUUACGAUCAUCAGACUGCAUUGAGGGGUACUGCUGUGCUCGCCAUUUCUGGACCAAAAUUUGCAAACCUGUGUUGCAUCAGGGGGAGGUGUGUACAAAACAGCGCAAGAAAGGCUCUCACGGCUUGGAGAUUUUCCAGCGAUGUGACUGUGCUAAAGGGCUGUCUUGCAAAGUAUGGAAAGAUGCCACUUAUUCUUCUAAAUCAAGACUUCAUGUAUGUCAAAAAAUCUGAAUGAGGAUUGGAAAAAUGUUACGAACAGACUGUGAAUUUGUGUAUUUGCAUUGCAGCAUGGUCGGAAAUGAGGACUGUAAAUAAACACAGAAUGGUUAAAGUAACGACUGUGGUAGGAAUAGAAAUCACCCCAAACUGCAUUUGUUUUGAACGGGAGGUGAAUGCGAUGGCGGCGGUAGUUUUUCCAUUAUGCAACUUCUUUGUGUAAAUAAUUUUGACAGUUUGUGGAAAAUGCUAUUAUAAAAAAGCACAAUGGAAAUUAUUGACAUUUAUCAAGCUGCAUGGUCCCAUGACUUUUCAAGAGUUCAGUGUUAGGCGUGGGAUAGGUUUCCACCAUGGUAAUAGACUGUUAAAUAAAUUGUAUACAGCAUAUUCCAACACAAAGCAGUGCUUUACAGGAAGACUUUUUCUGUCAACACAUUAUUGGCUACUAAAAUAUUAGUGAUAAAUCGCAGCUGUUAGAGAUGGGAAUAAAAGUUACUGUGAAUGUCCACACACCUUGUUAAUCAGGGCUGUCACUUGAAAAAGGAAAGCACUCCUGCAGGGCAAGAGCGCUGGAUUUUGCAGGCCCCAGUGGGAGUGGCAAAAUCUCACCACAUAGUGAUUUCAAAACACCAGUGGCAGCUCUUCUGAUCAGAGGCAUUUAAACAGGGUUUUUUGUUUGAAAUAUAUAUAUAUAAUUCUAUAAAUAUUUAAACUGAAAUGCCUUAAUUGGUUCGUCUUCAGUUACUAUAAUUAAUAGCUUGUAUUCGUCUCAGUAUACUGCUAGCAUACAUGGGCUGAGCAGAAAAAGCAAAAUAUGUGCAUGAUGCAUCCAGAAUGAUACCCAUUCAGUUGCUCAUUGAGCUACUAAAUAUAGUUUUCUUCUCAGAACAUGCCUGCAUUAUAGAUAGUUCCAUAAAGAUGAUAUUUGGAAAAGUUAUGAACAUCUGAAUAUGGAAGGUGAUAACAGAAAUUGUUUUGCAACCUUAACUAUAAGAGAUGCUGCAUGCAUCUGCUACAAUUAGAUUGCAUGCUAAUAAAUUAAAAGUUUUAUACUAUAACAGUAACAAUAGGCUGUUAGUGUAAAUCUGGUUCUUCUAUGGUUUGGAGAGGCUAAAAUGGAUUGGAUUCACCUUACACAAUCAGCAAAAAAAUUAAAAAGUUGACUUUUGCAAGCAUCUCAUCGCCUCUCCUAAAGAACAGACAGUGACAUGUGAUGCUAUCAUCUAUGACAUGCUGCGAAUCAUCAUGAGAUCUGACACAACAGCUCAGACUGAAAAGAGAACAGGUUCUGGUUGAAUGCAUGCUAACAGUUUGGAUAUUGUUGUGAACAGUGGAUUCACAUUGACUACAAUGGCUAAAGAAAUCUGUUAACAUAACUACCCUGUUCGUGAACUGGCUAAAACGAAGGAUGUCCACCAUCUGACUUCUCUCUUAAUGCCUUUGCACCUCCUCUUACUUUGCUCACUUAUUUUAAAGAAUGUUAUCUGUGUAAAUGUUAGUAAAGAGACCGGAAUUUCUUUAAAAAACAUCUGAUUAUAUAAUUAACUUACUGAAAUAUCUGUUUCCACAUUUUAUAAGACAAUGGCUCUCCCCUUUGGUUAAUCAGUUCCAAACAGCUUGGGUACAGCAGAGUACUUGACUUUAAUUGUGAAGACCAACUUUUGACCCCUCCCCCCCGCCCUUUAUGGCACCUUUCCCCACCCUUGCAUUUCUGCACCUGUGCUUUUUGUACAAAUAAUGGUUCAGAUACAUGUUCUGACUCAAACUUUCUUACUGGAAAUCAGAUCUGAACUACACUUCCUGUAUCUCUGAUAAGAAUCUAAAUUCCAACGUAUAUAUCGGAUUAAAGAGAAUGAUUUAUAGGAUAAUAUUUUUCAUAUGCAAGCCAGUUUUUAUUGUUAUAAAGGGAAUGGUCUGUAGAAAUAGGCUCUCAUAUUCCUUAAAAAGUGAUGAUCUGAUUCCAAUCUCACUGUCACAAGUGCUAUAUUACUGCAACUCCAGUGACUUCAAUGGAGUUUCUUCAGUGCAACUGAGAACAGAAAUAAGGUCUGUAAGGUGAAUCAUUUCAGCAGAACAACUGAAAUAUAGAGGUCAAUUCUGAAACCCGUACACCAUAACAGCACAUACAUAUAAGAGCAGUCUCACUCACUUCAGUGUGUCUACUCAAUGUGAGUAGGAGGUUGCGGAAUUGGCCUCCCCAGUGAUUUGCAUCUUAUGUCCUGACUUCUGCAUAACCUCCCCUUCUCGCCACAAAACUUAGUAUUUGGAGUAAUUUAUUUACAGGAAAUGUUUAAUGAGAUGUAUUUUCUUAUAGAGAUAUUUCUUACAAAAAGCUUUGUAGCAGAAUAUAUGUGCUGCCUGAUGACUUUGUAAUUUAGAAAAAUAAUGUAUAAUAAGAUGAAAUAUAUUAAAUGUCCUUUUUCCCAAAAAUAUUUACCCACAUUCCUUGCCUGCUGUUUAAGUGUAGGUCUUUAUUGAAUGGGGUGGAUUGAAAGAUAUACUUAGUAUUGCCAAGACAUCAUGAGUCAGGCCGCAAAAUAAGUAGAUUGGCUUAAAAAUCAUUAGAUAUUUUUUAAAAAUUGGGAUUCUUUUGAGUUGCCAUCUGGCUUCUGGAUUUUUAGGGUGCUUUUGUUUCAUAUUUUCAUAUUUUUUACAGCACUGAGAGGGCUAGAAACUUUUUUUAAAAGCUGAGGUUUUCAGGCAGUCUCUUGACUGUAGGGGUUUUUAAAAAAACACAAGAAAAAAAGCCUACCAAAUAUUAUGAAAUUUUCCACAAAAAUCACAAGAGUUGGCAACACUGUAUACUGUACAGGCUGGAUGUUGAAGUCAAUAGGAGUUUUGCCAUUUACUUUAAUACAUGUGCCUAAAGAACAAAAAAAAACAUUUAUUUUAGCUGCUCAUUCAGGAAGCAGAGAUACUUUUCAAGUUAAUGGUAUCUGUUCACUAUGAUAUGGUGGAACCUGUAGUCAAUUUCCUCUCAGAUAUCUGUAGUGUCAUUUAUGCAACACUGACUUAAAUGAGAACUGUGUAUAUGCAACUGAGAGGAGAAUUUUCCCCAUUGGUUUUCAAGAAUAACUACUUUUAAAAUAAAAAUACCCCCAUCUGCAUGCAUAUAAUAUCCAGAGUCUAGGAAAUCAAAUAGAACAGCUGUUCAGAUACCCAAUGGUAAGAGAACACAGAUAGAAAAUAGCCAGAGAUUGUACUCAAUCAAUAUGGCAUAUUUAUAUUAAUCACAGCAUGUAAGUGCUGGUUAACUGAAAUGUAGUCACAAAGAUAGGCAACAUCUUAGACCAGUCAAAUGCUACCAUAAUGAAACAACAGAUAUGACAAAAUCAAAGACUUCUACUGACAAAUUGCUAAUAAAGGGUCAAAGUCUGCUCUCAGGCAGAGCUGGUCAAAUACUGCAAAUGCCAUGUCUGUGAACGUUUGUUCCAGUUUUGAACAGCUGAUCAGUUCCACUAUGUCUGUAUCCCUUUUAUUUGUUAUUUGCAACCAUUUGUAUGAAUGGGUUUUCAUUCACAUGAAUUCUUGGAGAAUGGAAUGUUCUCUUGUGAACAGUGGUGUACGUACAAAACCAAAAGGAUUUGCAAUCUAUUAUU